AUGGAGCCUUUCCUCGGCUGCACCGGCGCCGCUCUCCUGCUCUGCUUCAGCUACGCCGGUCUGCGCCCGGUGGAGGCAGACAGCCCAUCGGCUCCAGUAAAUGUCACAGUCAAACACCUGAAAGCCAACUCAGCUGUGGUCACUUGGGAUGUCCUGGAAGAUGAAGUUGUCAUUGGAUUUGCAAUUUCCCAACAGAAGAAGGACGUGCGGAUGCUGCGCUUCAUCCAGGAGGUGAACACCACCACCCGCUCCUGUGCCCUCUGGGACCUAGAGGAGGACACUGAGUACAUUGUGCAUGUCCAGUCCAUCAGCAUCCAAGGCCAGAGCCCUGCCAGUGAGCCAGUCCUCUUCAAGACCCCCAGGGAAGCUGAGAAACUAGCCUCUAAAAAUAAAGAUGAGGUGACAAUGAAGGAGAUGGCGAAGAAAAACCAACAGCUGCGAGCGGGGGAAAUUCUCAUCAUUGUUGUGGUGUUGUUCAUGUGGGCAGGGGUGAUCGCCCUGUUCUGCAGACAGUACGACAUCAUCAAAGACAACGAGCCCAACAACAGCAAGGAGAAAGCCAAGAGCCCCUCGGAGAACAGCACACCCGAGCACCAGGGAGGGGGUCUCCUGCGGAGCAAGUUUCCAAAAAACAAGCCCUCAGUGAACAUCAUUGAAGCAUGACAGCCUGACACCUGAGAGAUGGACUGCAUCCCUCACU